AUGUUUAUGGAAAGCAAACCUGUCAGAAUCAGCGUGAUGGGGCAGCUGGGAAGCGGCAAAAGUACUUUAGUCUUGCAAUAUGUGCAAUCGCAAUUUGUUGAGGAGAUUGAUUCGAACGUUCAGGAUCUGUACAAGAAAGAGGUGGUAAUAGAUGGCCAGCAUUACCAGCUGAACAUCCUGGAUAUUGUCGAUACUGACUAUGGACUUGACCUAAAAACAGAAAAUAUGCUACGGGAGUCACAGGUCAUCCUCAUUGUGUACUCUGUCGUGAGCGAAACCUCUUUUGAUUCCGUUCUAAUGCGAGUUGUGCACGUUCGCUCUAUUCUUGAAGGAAGACACGUGCCUAUCAUCUUGGUGGGAUCGAAGGCUGAUCUCGAGAACAGCCGCCAAGUUUCUUCAUCUUCAGGGUUGCAACUUGCCCGUGAACUUGGCUUAUCAGCGUUUCUGGAAUGCAGCGCCAAGACAAAAUACCAGAUCAACGAAGUUUUCGAAACGGCUGUCCGACAAGCGCUCGCCGAGGUGGUAGAGCCAACUAGAUCUACAGAAGCCGAUUCUCAGCGGGAUACAGAACAGCCGAGGGAAAGUAGUAUUCCCGAGGCUGCUGAAGGACAAACAGAAGCUGGAAUUCAAAUUGAACCAUUAAACGCUGUGCAAGAAGCCAAUCCGGCUUCCAGGCCUGCUGCUCGUGCCAGCAGCUCUAAUAGAUGUUGUAUAAUAGUAUAG